AUGGAGUUCGCCAUUGGAGUCCAGUGCAUGCAUUUAUGGCUAUCAGGUCACAAACAGCUGAUCUUCAGAAUAUUGCCUGACAGCAAGCACUCGCUCAGCUACAAUCUGUUCACGCUGUACGCUGGCUAUGUGCAGUUGCCACGGUUACAUGUCAACAUGGUGCGAUACGCCGGCGUGCUGGAUCAUCUUCUAGAUGCGAUGCUGCCCACUCACAUAUUCAUCAAGCCGAGUGGUAAAGAUUCAUUGGGUUCUUCAUUGGAACAGACCAACAUGGGGGCCACGUCCUCAGACCAUCCCCCUUCUGUUUCCUAGGAACCUCCAAAAAUCUACAAGAGCAGGCAAAAACAGUGUGCCUGCCACAUGUGGUGCUCCACGGUUGCCAACUCUUAGCAGCGUAUGUGUGCCAGGAACACUUGUCAUCGACUCUUUUUUUGUAGAUUUAAUCUUUGGAGGUCCCUACACAAUGGCAGGGGGAGGGAUCGGAAAAAAAUCAGUCGGAAAUAGUGCGCACGGCACAUGUGUUGCUAUAUGUUGCUAUUCUUGGACCGCCACAGCAGAACUAGUGAGUAGACGCAUGCACAGCGUGACAGCAUUGAUUAAGAUGAGGCGGCAAAAGUAGCGGGCACAAUUCUUGAAACUCUGCAAUCCUCAGCGUGUGUGCUAUAACAGGUGCGGCAGUAGAGUGCGAUCAAUGUUGCUCAGACACUGCGGAAAGAAGCCGUUAAUUGUUGAGAAGCUGCGCGGCGUUUUAGCAAGGAUAGCAUUGCAGACGGCUAGCGUCAUUUGAGGCCUAGCUGCCGAUUGACAUUUGCGCCGUUACAAUACAUACGCGCGCGUGAAACCUGCGGUGCUUGCACGAUGUACAGCUGCCGCCAUGUUGGUAGCUUACACAGCUUAACGUGCUGUGAGACGCUGGCCUUCUUCUCUUAGCUUUCUCGUGAAUGGAAGCGGGAGACAGAGUCGGCUGAAACCUACGUGGAUACAUGUAGCGGCUGCGUAUUUGCUGAUGUAACCGUGCCCCCGUCACAUGCUGAUAUGCAACACUCUGCAUCGUGUAGGUUUUCAUUUCGUCUGCUAACCAGUUAGCGACUAGUAGGUUCUCAACUUCUCAGACUGUAUGAUAAGUGUGGGAAUUAAUUGACCCGCAAUGUACAAUGAUUUGUAAAAUAUCUUGUUUCUGUCUCUAUCUCCCU